UAUUCCCGCCUCAGUUUUAUUGUCUUGCAACACAUUAGCAAAUACUUAAAAAUACAGAUUUCCCACUAUUGCCAGGGAAAUAGGUUUACUAUAACCUUCUGUCUCAUUUCACCACUACCUCAUUUAUUAGAGAAAAGGGUUGCUACAAUAGUUAAUUGAUCCUUUGACACACCUCAUUUUCUUUAUUUCUGAAAUAAAAAUGAAAAGCUAAUAGACUAGUGUAUAGCCUCAACUUUUUGGAAACAUGCAACUUUUACUGCUUUAAAACACAAUUGGUUUCUUUGUUUCAUGCAUUAAAAACAAGGAGGAAAAGCUGAAGUCUGCCCAAGCCAGGUGUUUCUUGUUGGCAGCCUGCUCCCUAAUGACUCUGCUCUCAUAUAGCAGCUGCCUACUAGUCAGUUUUGUAUGGCCUAUUGUUGUCACACACCCCUCGUUAAUACACAUGCUGCCCCGGGCAGACCCAAGAAUGACAUCAACUUGCUUAUCUUAGAAACCUACAAACCUGUCGCAGGGUGCUGAGGUUGUCUUGCAUCUGCCUGGCCAACUAAUUGUGAGCUUUCUGGCCUAUGAUUGGCUGUUACUCCACUCUGUAAUAGGUUAAGCAAAGACAUUGCCAUUCCAUCUGUUCAACCAUUCAUUGUUCUUCUUGCCUGCCUGGAAGUCUGAAGCUAAAAUUGUGUUAAAGAAUUACUGCUGAAGCUGCUACAGAAACCAAUGUCUUUGUAUUUUCCUGCUAACGAAUACGGUGUACUUUGCAUUCAGGAAUACAGAAAAAACAGCAAAGUGGAGUCAAGUACACGUAACAGCUUCAUGGGCUUGAAGGAUCACCUGGGGCAUGACCUCGGCCACCUGUAUGUGGAGAACACUGACCCACAGUUAAGCGCAGCUGUACCUUGGCCAAUGAUAGAAAAAUCAACAAUGGAUACAGUUAAUUCGGGGAAGGAGGAAAAAGAGAUAUCUGAAGAGAAUGUGAGCUCUGGUGACUCUGAAGAAAGCACAAAUUCUGAUCAUGAGUCAGAACAAUUGAAUAGCAUUUCAGUAGAGCCAUGCUUGUUAACCAAGACUCACAGACAAUUAUGUAGGUCUCCCUGCUUAGAGCCUCACCUACUCAAACACAAUGACAUUUUGCAAGACUUUAAACCUGAAGAGUCCCAGACUCCGUCCAAGGAAGUGAAGAAACCCCCUGAUGUGGUGCGAGAAUACCAAACAAAACUGGAGUUUGCACUUAAGUUGGGUUAUUCUGAAGAACAGGUUCAGCUUGUAUUAAACAAACUUGGUACUGAUGCUUUAAUCAAUGAUAUUUUGGGAGAACUUGUCAAACUGGGAAAUAAAAGUGAGGCUGAUCAAACAGUUAGUACAAUUAACACUAUAAUGCGGGAAACUUCUUCCCUGGAAUCUCAGAGGUCUGAAUCGCCAAUGCAAGAGAUUGUAACAGAUGAUGGUGAAAAUCUAAGACCAGUUGUUAUUGAUGGCAGCAAUGUGGCAAUGAGCCAUGGAAACAAAGAAGUAUUUUCCUGCCGAGGAAUAAAAUUGGCAGUGGAUUGGUUUUUGGAAAGAGGCCAUAAAGAUAUUACAGUUUUUGUUCCUGCUUGGAGAAAAGAGCAAUCCCGACCUGAUGCUCUCAUUACAGAUCAGGAAAUUUUACGCAAAUUGGAAAAGGAGAAAAUCCUGGUGUUCACACCAUCCCGGCGAGUCCAGGGAAGACGAGUGGUGUGCUAUGAUGACAGGUUCAUUGUGAAGCUUGCUUUUGAGUCAGAUGGUAUAAUUGUGUCCAAUGAUAACUACAGGGAUUUGGCUAAUGAAAAACCAGAAUGGAAGAAGUUCAUAGAUGAGCGGUUAUUAAUGUAUUCCUUUGUCAAUGACAAGUUUAUGCCCCCUGAUGACCCUCUUGGCAGACAUGGCCCAAGUCUGGAUAAUUUUCUGAGGAAGAAACCUAUUGUUCCUGAACACAAAAAGCAGCCUUGUCCAUAUGGAAAGAAGUGUACCUAUGGACACAAGUGCAAAUAUUACCAUCCCGAAAGGGGCAGUCAGCCUCAGCGGUCAGUGGCUGAUGAACUUCGUGCCAUGUCUAGAAAUACAGCAGCCAAAACUGCAAAUGAAGGAGGACUGGUGAAAAGCAACAGUGUUCCUUGUAGCACAAAGGCUGAUAGCACUUCUGAUGUCAAACGAGGUGCUCCAAAGAGGCAAUCAGAUCCAAGCAUAAGGACUCAAGUCUACCAAGACCUAGAAGAAAAGCUUCCCACCAAAAACAAAUUGGAAACCAGGUCUGUACCUUCCUUAGUUAGUAUACCGGCUACUUCUACUGCAAAACCCCAAAGCACUACAUCUUUAAGCAAUGGCCUUCCAUCUGGAGUUCAUUUCCCACCUCAGGAUCAAAGACCACAGGGACAAUAUCCUCCAAUGAUGAUGGCAACCAAAAAUCAUGGAACGCCAAUGCCUUAUGAACAGUAUCCAAAAUGUGACUCACCUGUUGACAUUGGAUAUUAUUCCAUGUUAAAUGCAUAUUCAAAUCUGAGUAUCUCAGGCCCAAGAAGUCCUGAAAGGCGUUUCUCAUUAGACACAGACUAUAGAAUAAGUUCUGUAGCUUCUGACUGCAGCAGUGAAGGGAGCAUGAGCUGCGGGAGUAGUGACUCCUAUGUGGGGUACAAUGACCGAUCCUAUGUCAGUUCUCCUGACCCCCAGCUGGAAGAGAAUUUGAAGUGUCAACACAUGCACCCUCACAGCCGCAUUAAUUCCCAGCCUUUCCUGCAGAAUUUCCACGACCCCUUAACCAGAGUGCAAAGUUACAGUCAUGAAGAACCAAAGUUCCAUCACAAGCCUCCUCUUCCACACUUGGCUAUGCAUCUGCAGCACCCUGCUGUGGGUGCCCGGUCUAGCUGUCCUGGUGAUUACCCCUCUCCUCCAAGUUCAGCACACUCGAAGGCACCACACCUAGGAAGGUCCCUAGUGGCUACCAGAAUAGACAGCAUUUCUGAUUCCAGACUCUAUGACAGUUCUCCUUCAAGACAAAGAAAGCCUUACUCCCGUCAGGAAGGGUUGGGAAGCUGGGAUAGGCCGAGUUUCGGAAUGGAUGCCUAUGGGUAUCGGCAGACUUAUUCCUUGCCUGAUAACUCAACACCACCGUGUUACGAGCAGUUCACCUUCCAGAGCCUACCUGAACAGCAGGAGCCCACCUGGAGAAUACCAUACUGUGGAAUACCACAAGAUCCUCCAAGGUACCAAGACAACCGGGAAAAGAUUUAUAUCAACUUGUGCAACAUCUUCCCACCUGACCUUGUGAGAAUUGUCAUGAAAAGAAAUCCUCACAUGACAGAUGCCCAGCAGCUUGCUGCAGCCAUUUUAGUGGAGAAAUCACAGCUGGGUUAUUGAAAGAUGAUGCAUCAUUGUGGUGUUUAGUAGUUUUUUGUUCAGCUCAAAUGCUGAGGGAGGUUUGCUACAAUAGCACAUGUGAUCUCCUUCUCAGCAAGGAGGUUAUAUAGUAUCCAUUUAUGUGAAAUACUGUAUCAUGGAAUCUGUAUGUAUAGCCCCACUUGGUGGAAGUAUCACGGGAUUGCUUUACAUUCAAACUUUUUUUUAAACAUUUCCUUUUUAAAGCUAUAUCCUUGGCUGGAAAAUUUUCCAGUUUGAUUUAAUAGAUGUAUCUGUGAUCUUUGAUAUUAAUCUUUGGUGCAUCAGGGGUUUAUAUGCAGCACUUUUUAUCUUUGUUUCAUGUUUUAUUAACUUGGUGUUUAUCUAUCAAUCGCAAGCAAUUAUAAUACCUUCAGAAUGUGGAAACUUUGACUAGACCUAGCAAACUAUUUUUUCAAGCGAAGCUUAAUUAGAAUCUUUUACAGCUUUUUAAGUUAUUUUUAUUUGGGGAAAGUGGGCUUCUUUGUGCUAUAAUCAUUAUUUAUAGAAACAAAGAUAUACUACAGCACUGACUUUAUAUUUUAGACAAAAUGUAAGUUACCGGUUUAUGUUGAAAAGGGUAACAGUAUAUAUUAGAAUGAUUUACAAUAUGGCACUUUUCACUGUUGUAUUUUUGUUUGGAUUUUUUCUGUUAAGAAUUAGUUAACUUAAUAUGGUCAGUUUAAAAGAAAGCAGAUGCAAUCAAUGGAAAAAUCAUUUCCAUUUUUUUAUUUUUAUUUUUUUAUGAAUAAGGCAAAAGCCGUAACUGUUACAGGUUAGAGCUUUGUUAUCCAGCUAUGAUGUGCUUCUAGACAGUAGGAAUGGAAUUGAAUUCCUCGAUUUCCAUUAACCCGUAUUUUUAAUGUCUGUCUAUUUGUUUGGGGGGCACAACAAUACUGGAUAAAUAACCCUUUCACAGUACUUGCCUGUUUUUAAUGAAUCUAAUUAUUCUCAGUGCAACUUUUAUAUUUAAUAUACUCUAGCUUUCCUGCUAUUUAUCAAGGCUGGCCUGAGGUGGUUUUAUGUGUUGAGGAUAUGCAACAUUUACUGAUACUGCACUAUAGAAGUGGUGAUGGAGGAGUGUAAAUGGUAACUUAAAAUUUUUGUAAGAUACUGUAUAUUUUCCAUUUCCUGAAGGUAGUUUUUUUGGGGGGCCUGUUAUAUUAUUAAGGCCAGACUCUUGCCACAAAUAGUGUAGUUUUAGAUACAGACUAAAGUCUGUUCUAGUAUUAGUAAGGGAUAUUUCUGGUUUCAAAGUCAUGGGUUUUGCUUGUUGCAGUUACAUUUCUAUGGACUAGAAGAUAGAUUUUGCAGUCAGCGGCAGUCAGUCAUGUGAUUGACAUAACUUGACUGUUCCCUCCAGAUUCUGGAUUUUACUUAGUGUAGCAGACACAUUCAGAUCUAUUACUACAGUCUGCCUGGAUGCUCUGGUCAUUGGGAUUAUUCUACAUGCCAUAGUUUGAAGUAAAGCCCUGAAAAACCAGAAAGUACCUUUUACUGUUGAUACAAAUUGUAUCUUUUUAACUAUAAGAACUAUUUUGAUUUGUAGAUCUAGUAAAAAACACAAAUGUGUAACUAUGAUUAGACUUUUGGGCAACAUUUUAUCCCUUAUUUAAAUACAAAUUUUUAAAGUAAAAUUGAGGUCUAGAAUAGGGUAGAAAAUAAAAGUAACAAUUUAGGUAAAUAAAAGUGUCUGUCUUAGUUUUAUAUUAUAUAUUAAAAUAUAUUAAAUAAAUUUAUUGGCAUUUUCUUUCUCCUAAAACUUAUAUAGUCUGAACUUAAAAUAAAGGUAAAAUGCUGCCUGAAAAUAAUGUCCAAGCAUCUUUGACUAGGAUAACAUUUUCACUACUUGUGUGACACUGUGUGUUGCAUGAAGUAGGAUUUGGGUAUACAGUAAAUGCUUCUAAAAGGCAUUGUGCAUUAUUGACAUAUCCAAUAAUCUGAACCAUGUUCAGCAAACUUAAUUCAGGAAAGUGAUGUUCUACACAAUUAUUGCUGUUGUGUUUGAAGUGAGUGUGGCAUGCAUCUGUACCCAAAAGUAAUGCAGGUGACGCCACACAGACCAUUUUGAGUGGUGUCUGAGCAACCCGUACUCACUUGUGAAGUUGUUUUCCUUGAUUUUGUCAGUCAUUAUCUACAGAACAAGUUUAAAUACAGAGGCUAAAUGCGUGCCAAAAGUAGGGUUACAGAUGUGUAGUAUGUUUUAUGUUAGUCAUAAUCUAAGAUUAUAUAGUAUAAAAAUCACUUUUAAAUUAUUCUUAUAGGUUUUGCUUCCAUUUUCUUUGUAGCAUUUUAAUUAUUUGAAGAUAGCCAAAUAUUACUAAAUUGUUUUAAAUGAGAUUUUAGGUGAAAUGGAUAUAACUUUUUAAAUUUGACCUUUUAAUAUUUUUAGCUGGCUAUUUGUCAUGAUUGUUUUGGGAAAAUAAUGUACCCUGCCAUCACUUGUACUGAAGUGAGUAGCCCUGAACUACCCACAAAUCUUCCAGUAUAAUUACUUGUAAAAAAUAGCCAUUUUCUCGGGGCUGGAGUUGUGGCUCAGCAGCGGAGCACUUGCCUAGCAUGUGUGAGGCCCUGGGUUCAAUUCUCAGCACCGCAUAUAAAUAAUAAAAAUGAAUAAUGAUAAAAAGGUCCAUCAACAUCUAAAAAAAUAUUUUAAAAAAAGAAAUAGCCAUUUUAUUAUAUCAAAAGGACAGUUUGUUCCUAUUUUUUUUUAAACACCAGUGUUGCUUUCAGAGUUUCAAAAUGAGAUAAUUGGCAGACUUUGGGUAUAGCAAACUCUUAUUUAUCUUAAGUAAUACCUAAAAGCAGUCCAUUGUCAAAUUAAAUCUACAGCUGAUCGCAAACCUUCAUUUAAGCAAAAACUUUCUCCCUAAUUUAUAAUCCCUAUUUAUCAGACUUGCUAAUAAAUAACUAGAAAGAGGUGUGUGAAUAAGUAGUGAAAUUGCCAAUAAUGGUCAGCUGAAUAGGAAAAAAAAAAGAAUUCAGACUGGAAUAUUCUGCCCCUGAAUAAUUGUCAGUUGACUGUACUUUAUACAGUAAUUAGCCAGUCUGUUGUCUCUGUGUCUUAGUCCAGAGGGAAUAGUAUCCAACUGGCCAUAUACUGGCCCUUAGUAUUUCCUCCUUUCUUGCAUGUGAUGCAGACAUUUUUGGUCUCAUUUUUAUGAUCUCUGUAUCCUGAUAGAGUUUGUCAUUAACUUAAACAUUGAAAGAAAUGCUCACCAGUAUAAAAUAUUUGAUACUGGUGGGAACUUGAAUUUUGUGUUUUUAUGAAAAUGCAUUUACGAGAAUAUGUAAUAUAACUAAAGAAGAGUGUCUUAUAUAUAUACAUAUACACAUACAUACAUAUUUGUUAUGAAGUAUUAAAAAUGGGAGGGGGGGUUCCUUUGAUGGCUAACAUUUCUGUAAUUGAACUGUUUCACUGAGUUGUAGAUGACCAAGUCUAGGGUCUGGAUGACCAAUGAUAGGAUUUAGAACCACUUAAAAGGAAAGCAACUCUUCACUGGUUUUAUUCCUGAUAUUUUUAAAGAAUUAUUUUGAUAAUUUUAAUAGAUGUGUAAUUUUAAAAUACACAAAAAACUUAAAGUAGUAUUGAUUAUACACAUGAUUAUUUAACAUGUUUUGUGGAUGUAACUAUAUGUAUAUAGACAGUAAUAUAUUUAUAAAACAAAUCUACUUUAUGUUGUAGUUCUUUAUGGUAAGUGGGAAGAUGCUUCUGUGUGUGUGUGCAUAUGUGUGUGUUUUGAAAAGUCUAAGCCUUUUCAUGCCUGAUUUAAUGGCUCUUAUAUAUUUGGUCUUAUUAUUCUUUCUAUCCAGCUUCCUUAUUCAAGAUAAACAAGAUGUACAGUUUCUGGCCAUUCUGUUGGCACGUGGCCCAUCCAUUUUUUUAUUAAUCUGUAAUAAUUCAUAAAGAGUGCCUGAGUGACCUGAAAUAAAACAAUUUUUUUGCUAGAGAUAAUGCUUAUGUUCCAAAAGACAAAAAUUCAUCUGUGAUGUUGAGCUUCCAGUCCACCAACAAAUAUGAUGAAGUAUAAAAACAAGCUAAAAUAUACAUAUAUAUUAGAAUUAGAGAAAGCUGAGUGUUAAUAAAGGCAAAGUAGCAUGCAUUAUUUUGUUUGGUUUAGGAAAAUGUCCUGGAGCAAGUGUUGACAAACUUUUUCUAUAAAAAGAAUCAAUUAGUAAAUAAUUCAGGUUUUGAGAAUUAAAUGCUCUCUCUCUCUCUCUCUCUCUCUCUCUCUCUCUCUCUCUCUCUCUCUCUCGCGCGCGCGCGCACGCGCGCGCACAGUGGGUGGGGAGAGAAAGAGAUAGACAUGCUAGGCAAGUGCUCUACCACUGAGCUACAUCCCCAGCUUUCAAAUGGUCUCUUAAAAAAAAAAAAAAAUGCUCACCUUCAUCUUAAUAGCAAAAACACAACCAGGGACAAUAUGGAAAUAAAAGAGUUGGCUGUGUUCCAAUAAAACUUUAUUUACAGAAAUAGGCAGCAGGCCAGAUUUGCCCUGUGGGCCAUUCCUGGUUCCUGCCUUUGAGGGAGAAAAACAGACGCUGUGAGUAGUAAAUCCUGAUAUAUGUUAAUAUUAGAAAUAAUAAUUUAUUUCAUCUGACAUUCAGAGAAAAAUCAGAUAGUUAUUGAUGUUCUUCAAAGGAUGAUUGUGAUACAGUCAUAUUAAAGCACCUUAAUGCAUUUAUGUUUUUAAGAUGUUCACACCAUUAUUUAUUAGAUAUUUCUUGUGUUUAAACACACAUACACACAAACUAUAAAAAAGAUAAUAAGUCUUGAAAUUUUUUUCAUGAGCUUUGUAUUUCUGUUGGUAAGUGUAAGUUCUUUACGUUAUCUUUUGUUUUUUAAUGGCCUCUUGGACCAAAAAAAAAAAAAAACUAUUGUAUUUUGAAAAUUAGCUUAUAAUUAGCUACAAAAUUUUUAAAGACUGCAUUUAUCAGUUUUUUCUGUUAGUUUUGGCCUCUAAUAAUUGACAGAUCUGUGCUUUAAAAAUGAUUUUAAAGAAGAUAAACAGGCUGCAAUUUCACAUUUUAGUUUUUCUCUGUAAAAUUAAAAAUUGUGACUAUAUAAUGAUCUAUAAUGUGAAUGUUACAAGUGACUAUAAGAAACAGUGUAUCUCUGCUUUCUCUGUCCAAAUGUUUAGAUUUUUAGACACCAUAGGGCUAUCCAUGAUGAAUGAUAUUCUUAAUGUGAUAAUGUGUAGUUCUGAAUUCCUUGGAAGUACACACUUUUGGGCAUCCUCAUUCACAGUGUUCACAUUCAUGGUGUUUCAGCAAAAGCAUCAUAAGAACAUUAAAUUGAUGUGAAAGUUACUAUUCACUUAAAUAGUUAUGCUUUAUUUUAAAAUUGGAAUACAAUUCUACCUUUUAACAGUGUUUAUUGUUUUGUCUAUUUUUGUUUCUUUAAUGCUUUCUCUGAACUUACUUAUUGUUCCUGUUAUAAUAGUACUGUUAUAUUAGAAGUGGCUUUUUUCUCUAAUAAUCUUUAGAUUUAAAAACAAUUUAAGGCUCUCUAUUGACCAUUUGGCAGAGAAAAUAUCUGCAUGUUUUAAUUUAGUUAAAACUUGUAAAGUUUUACUUUUUAAAUCAUGUAAUAAAUUUUCUGCUUGGGUAUUUCAGGAAAAAAAUGUUGACCAUUAAAGCCUUGGCCAUCUGUUUUUCUAAAGCAGCUUAUGUCUCAAAGGAAAAAGAUAUCGAAGAGUAAUGUUUUGGUUUUAUAAAGAAUAUGUUUUCGAUUUCCUUUGGUUUUUUAAAUCAUAAAAUUAUAAAUUUUCUAUCUUAUGUAAAAUAGUAACAAACAUGCAAACUUCUGCAGACUUAGUAUUUUGUUGUAGUAUACCAGGUUACUGAUCUUAUCUUUUCCUUUUAGUUUUGGUUUUCUAACCCAUAGUAGUAUGCUGAUAGUGGAAUUCCCUAUUUGAUUCUGCAAACUUUUCUUACAGGAAAAGUAAGUUAAAGAAUAUGUUUAAAGCAACCAUUUGAUAAGCCAGUAUGAUUCUAUUUAUCUCUGUCCUCUGUGUUUCUGUAAUGGAAUUUUUACAAUUCCAAAAGCAAUUUAUUAGAACUACUGGAAAUCCUUGAUAAACAGAUAUAUGAUUCUGCCACUGAGGGAGAGAAAUUAAAAUAUUCGUUUUUCUUAUGGUGGUUUGUUUUUGUUUCAUGAAGAGAAAUUGGUCUCAUAUGGCAGCAUAGAUGCUAAUAAAUAAAAGCAUUAUCCUUCUGUAGUCCAUAGCUUACCUGCAUUCAGUGGUUAAUAACAUUAUGAGCAUUCUGUAAAGUAAGCUCAUGUUCAGUGUCAAUGUAAAUGUUAGCACCAAAAUUAAUUCCUCUGAAAACUGAAAUUAAAUGUCAAAGACAACUAGUCAUAA